AUGGCGGAACUCGAUGCGAUCUUGGGAAGGUUUACAGAUCCCGUCACUGGAAGUCUACAUGGCGCAACAUUUGUAGCGGUAGAUCGCGAAGGCAAGGAUAUCUACCGCAAAUCGUUCGGGCAUCAAAAAGUCGACACUAGCAAUUCACCAGCACUGACGCCCGAUACCGUGACAUGGAUCGCCAGUCAGUCGAAGCUCACCACGUCAGUGUCGGUAAUGCAAAUCGUUGAGCGGAGACUGAUCAACCUCGACGAUGAUGUCCGAGAAGUGCUUCCUCAACUCAAAGAGCUGAAAGUCCUGACUGGGUUCGAAGGCGAAGACGAGUCGACCGCAAAUGGCGAGGCCAAAUCGCACGUGGAUCUUGAGGAAGUGGGCCAACGUAAACUCCACGGCGUACAAUCGUCCGAAAAGAAGUCCAAAGGGAGUCCGAUACUCGAGGAUGUCAAGGGGCCGAUUACCCUACGGCAAUUGAUCUCACAUUCUUCUGGGCUCUGCUACGACCUAGGAAAUCCUUUACUCAUCAAAUACUCUGCCUGGGCUGACAGGAAAGACAACAUGUUCUCCGGCACCAUGGAGGGAAAUUUCCACCCACUUGUUUUCCAGCCGGGCACGUCGUGGCAAUACGGCCCGGGUCUCGACUGGGCUGGCCGAGUGGUUGCCCAACUCACCGGCAUGAGCUUAGACGAAUACCAACAGAGAAAUAUCUGGGGGCCGCUCGGAGCGGAAAGCACGACCUUUUUCCCGUCUAAACGUGGCAUCAAGCCGGAGGACGUUCAAGAAAUGGCCUAUCGUGCCGCCGGUGAAAGUACACAGGAUCUCAAGAAAGGCUCGUCGCCGUGGAAAUUCGACUGCCGCGACGACCUCGGUGGUGCGGGUCUGUACUCCACGGCCAACGACUAUAGCAAACUUCUGGCCGCUCUACUUGCGGAUGGAGGACCAUUGUUGAGCAAAGCCUCCGUGGACGAGAUGUUCCGCGCGCAACUGGGGCCAGUUCCGGUGGCAUCGUUACGAGAGUUCAUCGUUGGUACUGACACGAAAAAUACCAAGUCUUUACUCUGGACUCAGACUCUCGAAGAAUGGAGAGAUGUUAUGGAAAUCGGGCAUUGUCUGUGCGGUGUGGUCAACAACGAGGACGUCGCAGGCCGAAGGAAGAAGAACACAGUGAGUUGGGAUGGAAUGCCGAAUCUGCUGUGGUUCAUCGAUCGCGAAAGCGGCGUAGCGGCGACUUUCUUCACACAGUUGUUGCCUGUAGGCGACCUGCCUCUCCGUUUGGUGAUGUUGGAAUUAGAAAAGGCUCUAUAUAAGAUGGUCAAUAGUAGAUAG